AUGUUAAGAGAUCAUUACGAUAACUGUCCGACAGAGUCAAUCGUACAAAUUCAAGAUAUGUCAGAAGAUUGGGUCGAAACAUUUCCUGGAAGUUUUGAAAUUAACGGCAAACUCAUGCAUGUCGAUACCCAUUAUCCUUCCAGCGCACGUGGAUUAAUCAAAUUGAUUCAAGUUAUCGUUUGUUUUCUGGCUUUGAUACUUGUUUGCUCAUCUCAACCUGUGCAGGAUGAACGAGGAAUCCCGAUGCUCAUAUGUAGCGCAGGAAUCAUAAUUUCAUUUUUUCUCCUCAUUUCUUAUACCUUGCUGAUAAACAUAAAAUGCCAAGCCACAGCUUGGUACAUAAUGGAAGUUGUGUUAUACCUUAUUCUCGUCGCAGGAUUUAUAAUAAGUGGAUUAUUAAUGGCUAUUUUCUGUGCAAGGCAUUGGGCUGACAUAAACCCAGUUUGGGAGACAAUGCCAGCUAUAGCAUCGGGCGUGCUAUUCGUUUGUGCAUUGCUCUAUCUGGCUGACCUACUUGUUGUUCUGCUGUAUUGGAAACGUUGGUCAUGGCAUCCCACUUCUGAUUUUGAAAACGAGCCCCGAAACAGCGUUUUACCUAGCUGA